CCUCCUCCUCCACGCCCAAAUCCGGCGCCGCAGCAUCCCUCCUCCUGCGGCUCGCACGCAGGCGGCGCUCAUCGGCCAAUUACCAGGGACACGCCGCCGCCGCCAUGCAGGAAGCUCCCCUCCAGCCGGCCCACUUCGUCCCGAGGCCCAGGCCGUCCGCGCGCGGCAGCCCCCCCUUCACCCCGAGCCCCAGGACCUCGUCCUCCUCCGGCUCCCCCUGGACCUCCUCUUCCGGCUCCCGCGUCGACGACGGCGACGUCGAUACGGCGGCCGCGGAGCAUGCCCUGCGCAUGGCCCGCCUCGCGCUGCAGUACCAGGACUUCGCCAACCGCUACCAGCUCUGCGUCUCCCACCUCGCCGACGCCGCGCGCGAGGCCGCCGCCAUCCGCCACGACAACUCCGGGCUACGCCUCGCCAACAACAGCCUGGCCGCCCGCUUCGCCAUGCUCGGCGGCAUCCAGGCCUCCGCCGUCGCGCUGGCCGACCAGCUCUGCCGCCUCCACCUCGGGCAGAUGCAGCCCAUGCCCAUGGCGCGCCUCGCCUCCUCGGACGAGAAGCUCCGCCCCCUCCACGUCGGGCAGACGCAGGCGCAGGUCGUGCCGGCUCCCCCGGUGCUGCCCGCCUCCCCGGCCGAGAAGCACGCGGCGAUGCCCAAGAGCAUCUCCAUCCGCUCCAAAGGAUACCUGAAGCAUCGCGUGACGAAGCCGGUGAACGUCGGCUCGCAGCAGCGCGUGUUCGUGGGCGUGAACGGCGCGAAGGCGGAGGAGCACAAGGGCGGAAGCGACGGCGGGGAGAAGGGCGGUCAGGUCGCCACGGAUGCCGGCGGGCUGCAGUUCCAGGUGUACAGCCAGGGCAUGUACAAGACGGAGCUGUGCAACAAGUGGGGGGAGACCGGGGCGUGCCCAUACGGCGACCAGUGCCAGUUCGCGCACGGCAUCGCCGAGCUCCGCCCCAUCACCCGCCACCCGCUCUACAAAACCCAGGUCUGCCGCAUGUUCAUCGGCGGCGUCCUCUGCCCCUACGGACACCGCUGCCACUUCCGCCACUCCAUCACCCCCGCCGACCACAUCCCCCUCUUCCACCCCUGAUCGCUACACAUGCCAGUGCUCCAUCGCAGACGACCACUCACUCUACUCUCGUAAACUAUAUAUGCCACAUCAGAAAACAAACAAAAAACACCAAAAUGGGUGACCCAAAUAACGCAAAUUUUGAUUUAGAUGCACAGAGCAAACGACACUUGAGUCAAAGAGAGUUAGGACAUGCAGGCAAAAUGUGAAUAUUUGAGCUACUUUUCGGUGGGUUACUUUACAUGGGGGUUGAUCUGGGAUUCUGGAUCAUGGUUUGUUAUGUAGACAUUGGUUUCGGUUACAUGAUCUUUGUUUCUUGGUUCUGUUUCAAGAGGAACUUAUCGACGUAGCCUUCUUACCAACUCUGUUAGUAUUUGAGCACACCAUUGGUGUUAUUUUGGUACUGUCUUGUGGAAGGAAGUUCAGGCUACUUCAUACUAAAGUUGUACUGUUUUUCUGGACAAUUGGAGAAAUGAGUUGAGUAUAGUAGUAUGACUUUUGAAGGGAAUGGUAAGCAUAUAUGUCAAUGUCAAUGCCUAUAGUAUCUGUUG